UAGAAGUGCAAUUUCAGUGAUGAUUAAAUGCAUUUAUUAGCAAACAAAAUAAUUAGGGUUUUAGCAAGAAGAAAAAACGGUUUAUUGUAACCGUUUUCUUUAAAAUAUUCAUUGAGGAUCUUAAGUAUGUUUUAAAGAGGGAGCCUAGUGGGCCAGGCCAAUCUUUCCUUUUCUCUAAACUAAAACUGGGGAAAUGUGUAGAGUGUUCUGGGCUUCAGUACAGUGUUGAUCUCAUGAAGACAUGAUUUUAUUUCACAAUUCCUUGAGAGAGAAAAAUGCCUGGUUAGGCUUUGUGUAUGUCAUGUGUGCCUUCCUUAGGUGAAGCCAGGUUUACAGCUAUAUUGUUAUUAUGCUGUUUGUUACUUAUGUGUGUUAUGUUGCAGCUAUUUAAAAUAGUUUUGUCGAUUUGUUCUGGCCUGAAAUAAAUUGGCCCUUUGAAACAUAUCUUUGUCUUUGUGUGUUGUAUGUAGACCACAUUGCUUAGCAGAGUUCAGUGAUGCAAAUGCAUGUCAAGUUGAUCAACAGAUUGUAUUAUUCUCCAGUGCAAUAAAAGUACUGAAAUGAAGGCUAAAAGGGCAAUAAUGGGAGCUUUAAAAAAAAAGAAGAAAAAAAUAAAGUAACUAAAUAGUUACUUUUCACAGUAACACAUUAUUUUUUGGUAGGGAUGUCCGAUAAUGGCUUUUUGCCGAUAUCCGAUAUUCCGAUAUUGUCCAACUCUUUCAUUACCGAUACCGAUAUCAACCGAUAUAUGCAGUCGUGGAAUUGACACAUUAUUAUGCCUAAUUUGGACAACCAGGUAUGGUCAAGAUAAGGUACUUUAAAAAAAAUAAAAAUAAAAUAAGAUAAAUAAAUUAAAAACAUUUUCUUGAAUAAAAAAAAAAGUAAAACAAUAUAAAAACAGCUACAUAGAAAUUAGUAAUGAAUGAAAAUGAGUAAAAUUAACUGUUAAAGGUUAGUACUAUUAGUGGACCAGCAGCACGCACAAUCAUGUGUGCUUACGGACUGUAUCCCUUGCAGACUGUAUUGAUAUAUAUUGAUAUAUAAUGUAGGAACCAGAAUAUUAAUAACAGAAAGAAACAACCAUUUUGUGUGAAUGAGUGUAAAUGGGGGAGGGAGGUUUUUUGGGUAGAUGCACUAAUUGUAAGUGUAUCUUGUGUUUUUUUAUGUUGAUUUAAUAAAAAAAAAUGAAAAAAAAAUGAUACUGAUAAAAAAAAAACAAUACCGAUAAUUUCCGAUAUUACAUUUUCACACAUUUCUACUUUUUGGUGUAAGCAACUGAGUUGGUAACUGAGUUACUUUUGAAAUAAAGUAACUAGUUACUGGUUUACAGUAACCAACCCAACACUGCUCGUUACUAGUAAAAGUAACAGUGUUAUCAUUUACUGUCGUUAUUGAGAACACACCCCUACUUUCACCCGCUAGCAUUACUAGAGCUAAACAACAUCUAUGUGCCUAUAGAUGACACAAUAGUGUUGUCCGCUCAUGUUGUCAUCGAAAUCUACGCAUUAUUAGCAGAUAGUUUUUCUAAACACAUUGUUGGCCGAGACCCUCGGGUGAAGUCAAACAGCUGUCAGGCGUGUCGCGCUGGACACAUUCCCACUCACCUGUCUGCAAGUGGACACCUGAGCUUGGCUCCGCCCACAUGUGUGCCUGUGGAUGUGUGUGUGUUUGGGUAGUGUGAGGGGAGGGGCCCGGUGCAUGGUGUCGCAGAAGUGAACAGGUACACUAUAGUGGAAACAACACAGCAGCAGGAUAUGUUUCAUUGAGUCAGAGAGAAUACUAGGACGACAGCAGUUGUUUCCGGCUGUUAAGGAAAUAAAAAAAGGGAGUUUGUGGAUUGCCAAAGGCCUCGGCAGACAGGCGAAGUCUGUCCUGCUCCGCGAGGAGGUGGCCCAGCUCCAGGAGGAGGUGCACCUGCUGCGCCAGAUGAAGGAUAUGUUGAGUAAGGACCUGGAAGAGAGCCAAGGAGGAUGCUCGGCUGACGUACUCUCUGCCACUGAGCUCCGCGUGCAGCUGGCCCAGAAGGAGCAAGAGCUGGACCGUGCCAAGGAAGCGUUGCAAGCCAUGAAGUCCGACCGUAAGCGCCUGAAGGCGGAAAAGGCAGACCUGGUGAACCAGAUGCAGCAACUUUAUUCCACGCUGGAAAGCCGUGAGGAGCAACUUCGCGAUUUCAUACGCAACUACGACCAGCACAGAAAAGAGAGCGAGGAUGCGGUGAAAGCUCUGGCCAAAGAGAAAGACAUGCUGGAGAGAGAGAAGUGGGACCUGCGGCGGCAAACCAAGGAAGCCACAGAGCACACGGGGAUUCUUCGCACUCAGCUCGACCUCAAGGAAAACCGCAUCAAGGAGCUGGAAGCUGAACUGGCAAUGAUGAGUAACUGUGUCAAUCAAAGAAUGGAGUACCGGGUGUUUGAGCGCAUCGGGGACAGGGACGUCUCUCCUAGGGUCAUGGCGGCCAAACAGUCGUUAGCCACCCUGACCAAGGAUGUGCCUAAACGUCACUCGCUGGCAAUGCCAACGGAAACGGUUGUCAACGGCAACAACCAGGAGUGGGUGAUGCAGGCGGACCUCCCCCUCACUGCCGCCAUCAGACAGAGUCAGCAGACCCUCUACGUUCACACGGGACAUCCCACCGACAGACAAGUCGCUGCUGUGCGGUUGAGUCCAGGCCACUCGCGUCAGCCCUCCAUCAUCUCCGACGCCUCGGCAGUGGAUGGAGACAGGUCGUCCACGCCGAGUGACAUCAACUCUCCACGACAUCGGACUCACUCGCUCUGCAACUCCCUAGAAGAUCUGGAGGUGGCGAAGUGUAAGAAGAAGAAGGAGAAGAUGGGCCUGGGCUCUUUGUCACGGGUCUUUGCCCGGGGAAAGCAGCGCAAGUCACUGGAACCCGGUUUGUUUGAUGACUCAGACUGCCUCUCCAGCCCCACACGCCUCAGCCUCAGCCUGCCGGACGGCCCCGAGGAGCAGCUGGACCGCCUGCAGCAGGUGGAGCUGGCCCGGAGCACGCCCAUGUCCCAGUGGAGGGCGGGCACCGUGCAGGCCUGGCUGGAGGUGGUCAUGGCCAUGCCCAUGUACAUACGCACCUGCUCAGAGAAUGUCAAGAGUGGGAAGGUUUUAUUGGGGCUGACGGAUGAAGACCUGGAGCUGGGUUUAGGGGUCACCAGUUCGAUGCAUCGCCGUAAACUGCGUCUGGCCAUUGAAGAUUACAGAGAGGCUGAGGAUGGGAGAGGGUUGUCCAGGGCUGCAGACAUGGACCACCACUGGGUGGCCAAGGCGUGGCUCAGCGACAUGGGCUUGCCUCAGUACGCACAAGCGUUUCACACCCACCUGGUGGACGGACGCAUGCUCAACUCUCUGAGCCGCCACGACCUCGAACGCCACCUGAACAUCUCCAAAAAGAGCCACCAGGUCAGCUUGCUGCUGGGCAUCGAGCUGCUGCGCUCGCUCAGUUUCGACAAGGACGCACUGCAGGCCCGCCGGAUACAGUGCGAGCACCAGAAUGCGGAUCCUCUGGUUUGGACCUCUCAUCGGGUUGUCAAAUGGAUUAAAGAAAUUGACCUCAGGGAGUUUGCAGAAGGUCUGGUUAACGCUGGCGUUCAUGGAGCCGUCAUGGUGCUGGAUCCCACUUUCGGCAGCGACACCUUGGCGACGACGAUGGGAAUUCCCAGCAGCAAACACAUGCUUCGCAGACACCUUGAGGAAGAGGUGACAAACCUGAUUGGCACCGCCAGGGCAGAAGCCAAACAGGAUUUUGAGCGUUCAGUUUUGGGAACGCCGCCGACUCCUCUUCGCCAAAACUCCCCGAGCAGGUCACCUGGGUCGGCUAGUCGACACACCGAUGAUGAAGGCUCACUGAGGAGGAGGGCUGUCAAGCCUCCAACAGGCUUCAGCCCAAAAGCACGCAAUGGGCGGGACUUGAGUUGCCACAGCAGCUAUGGCUCGCUAUCUCGCGACGUCAGAGAUCAAACACCGCCAAGAACUCAAGGGAGCCCCAUCAGGUCUUACGCCAACAUCGGGGUCACCAACGUCUGAAAUAAUUUCUUUCAAAAACAAAAAGAGCCUUUUGAGGACAGAUUGCACAUACUUGUUUGUUCAAGUGUCUGUUUGCCAGACUCAUUAUGUGAGGUUUUUUUUUAAACGUUUGUUAACCCCAAAUAAUAGGGAAAAAAAAGAUGAAGAAUUAAAUCCUAACUGAUUAUUUUUGUAUGUGUUGUGAGGACUAAUGAGAUUUCUAUAAUAGAUUUGUAUCAAACAGGGUACUUGACAAAGCAAGUCUUACACUAGUGUCGAUUGUUCAUGUCUUCACAGCGCCGCUGUUUGUGAUGCCUUGUCAAUGUCAGAACAAUUUACAAAAAAAAAAAAAGUGGAGUUUGUCGAGUAUUUUCUAUGUUUGAUUGUCAAUUUUGCACACUGUUAUGUUUUA